ACACAGACCGGGUUCCCGAGGCGGGGACUGCUGAGCUAACUGCUCCUGUGUCAAAGCAGCGGCUCCGUGUAGCAGGAAACACACAAAAAUGGUCUGGUUCCACUGUAACCAGUGCUUCAAAAGAAGAGGAUCCACGUUUGCCGCGUCCAGCUGUGGCCACAUUUUCUGUGAAGCAUGCGUUAAAUCAAAUCCGUGCACUGUAUGUGGGGCCAGCUGCAGCUAUCUGGCUAUCAAUGAGAUGAAGCCGCAGGAAAAAAUGUUUUUCAACGACCCAGUGAAGCUCAUCCAAUCACGGCUAGAGCACAUGUGUCAGAUUGUCAUCUUUCAGCAGAUGCAGAUGGAGAGAGUCAUGGCACAAUUCAAGCACAAGUCUGCUGAAUUGGAAAGACGCCUUAAAGAAGUCACCGAGCAGAGUUACAGGCAACUCUCAGACCUGCAAAGAGAGAAUGCUGACUUAAAAAAGCAGCUUUUAGAGGUGAAGAAAGAAACUAUGGAAUUGAAAAAGCCACUUUCACAAUGGAGGCUCUCUCCAGGACAAUUUCAAACUGAAGGAACUCAGAGGAUGUCCCUCCCUGUGGCUGUCACCUCCCCAGUUACGCAUCGUUCAAGAACCAUGAGUCAUAUAGGCUCAGCAGAGUCCCAGAGGUGGAACAUGCACAGAGGUCCUAGUCUCUCCCUCAAUACUCCUGGAUCAGCUGCUUCAGUUUCCAGCCAUAGUUCUCUUCAUGAAUACAGAACACCUACAUCAUUAAGCACACCUACCAGAACCCAGACUCCUGGUCUUUUACAGUUCAUAAGUGGAUUAUCAGUUCAGUCACCUAGGCACUGAUUAAAUGUCUAUUUACACCCCUGGAUGCGUUCAUUAGUUGAGAUUUGUGCAUUAGGACUAUGAAAUUGUUGUGUGGUUUUGCCCUGAUAACAAAAAGGUGUGUAUAAAUUGUUUUACUUUUAAUGGAAGUUGAUAUUACUAUGUUGUUCUGUUAAGAAAUUAAACUGACAACUUAGUUGGA